UUUUCUCCUAACAUCAUAGAAUUACCGUAUAAUUUUUCUCUCUAUCUUUCGUUGUCGAUGGAUCUUCAUCUUAAGAUUUGGUUUAUAGUGUCGCUAAUACCAUUAGUUGCAAACUUGCAACAUUCAGUUCAUGCUACACCAGAGGUGCCUUGUUUAUUUAUCUUUGGAGAUUCAUUGGCCGAUAAUGGCAAUAAUAAUUACCUUUCAACUAUAGCAAAAGCCAAUUACCAGCCAUAUGGUAUUGAUUUCUCUGAUGGACCUACUGGAAGAUUUUGCAACGGUCGAACUAUGUCAGACAUCAUUGGUCAACGUUUAGGUUUUGAUCAUUUUAUUCCACCGUUUGCAACCGCUAGAGGCAGAGACAUUCUCAUGGGUGUAAAUUAUGCUUCAGGUGGUGGUGGUAUUCGCGAUGAGACCGGAAUGCAAUUGGGUGCUCGAAUCAGUAUGAAUCAACAACUACUUCAUCAUCGAAUCACAAUAUCAAGAAUUGCCCUCUUACUAGGAAGUCGACGAGCAGCUACAAAUUACCUAAGCAAGUGCAUAUAUUUAGUUGGAAUGGGGAGUAAUGAUUACAUUAACAACUACUUAUUGCCACAGUAUUACCCCACGAGUAGCCUAUAUACUCCAGAUCAGUAUGCAACAAUCCUAAUUCGUCAAUACUCUCAACAAUUAAGGACAUUGCAUAAAGUUGGAGGAUAUAAGAUAGUCACCAUGGGACUUGGUCUAAUAGGUUGUACUCCAGCUGAAAUAGCUAUAUAUGGCACAAAUGGAUCCACAUGUGUAGACACGAUUAACAAUGAUGUCCAACUUUUUAAUGUCAAGCUUAAGUCACUUGUUGAUGAUCUCAAUAAUGAUAUGACUGAUGCGAAAUUCACCUAUGUAAAUGUUUCCGGAAUUACAUCAGGGGGAACAUUUACUGCUGGUCUUACGGUUACCAAUGUUCCAUGCUGCAUUGUAUCAUCAAGCACAGGACUAUGUGUUCCCAAUCGGGUUCCAUGCAGCAAUAGAAGCACGUACGCAUUCUAUGAUGCAUUUCAUUCAACAGAGUCUGUAAAUGAGUUUGUGGCUGCAAGAGCAUACAAUGCCCAAACUACAUUUGAUGCUUAUCCAAUUGAUAUUCAUGGCCUGGCAGGACUCUAAGAAUUUUCCUAAGCUAAUCUUAUGUCGCCAUGAUCUCAAAUAAAAUACGCUUUUUAAUAUGCUUUUUUUUUUUUUUUUUUUUA